AGGUCGCGUGGCUACGCGGGCUAAACGGCAUCGGCCUCGCUCUGGUCUUCCCUCCUAUCCAAUCACUCAUUGCUGACCUGGCGUCUCCGACCAAUCGCGGCGUGGCAUUCGGAUGGUUACAAUUCAUGACUUAUUUUGGAGACAUUCUGGGGUACAGCAUCGGAAUUACCCUGGCUGGGAUACCUGCCCGAACAAUAACCAUCCUCUUUGGGUUUGGGAUGGAUGGAUGGCGGAUGGCAUUUCUUGUCGUAGCAGCAAUCAGCCUGCUGCUAGCAGCUUUUAUCUCCCUCUUUGCACAAGACCCUCCAAGACAAUUUCUUAUCGAAGACCUCUCUAACGAGGAUGCUCGGCGGAGAUGUCUAGAU